CUCCACCCUCACCACCCACCACAUCCAGAACGCAAGUGGUGCUCCCAGUGCCUCGUACUGCUCCCAGUGCCUCUUGCUGCUCCUCGUGCUCCUCCCAGUGCCUCGUGCUCCUCCCAGUGCCUCGUGCUCCUCCCAGUGUAUUUCCCACAUGUGAGAUAUUCUGAACUUUUGUUUGAGGGAAUUUGAAGUGGCGGGAAGCCUGAAGUGGCGGGAAGCCUGAAGUUGCUGCGGCCACGACACCCUGACCUUUAAGUUGCUGUCUUACACUACCACAAGCAACUGGGGAAAAUAAGUGGUGAGAACAUUUUAGAGUAACGAGUUUAACCGAGAGACGAAAGUUCUAGGUUAGUAGCGGUGAACUGUCUCGUAUUAAGUGAUUAUAUCUUGUGUCGAGGAGAGAGAUGAGGUGAACCACCCUCGAAACUUUAACAGAACCACAACGAACCGUUCCUUAUGCGGUGCUAGAAACUGAUAGUUAUAGUCACAUAAACAAAGACUUAAGCCAACGGUCUGUCGAACAUUCAGAUGAACAAACGUCUGAUCAAACAUGUGAACCAACAAACUCAUAAAGGAGGCGGGUCAGCCCUGAUUGCUGAGUGCGGUUUUGUUGGAUUGUCUUAAGAUGAUAUUGUGAGUGACUGGGCACCAGCCAGGCGAGCGCUGCUGCAACACGAUGCCAGCUGACACAGUCUAAUGAUUCUAAUGGACUCGAGGAAUCACGCUCUAUAAUGCUUUCCGUGUCUGUUGACACAAGCCUCUCAGAACGAGCAUACUAUGUGACACAUGUGUAAUAGAGCAAUGUGUCUCAUGCGUAACACUCGGAGCAUGCUAUGUUUCCCAUGUGUAACACUCAGAGCAUACGAUGUGUCUCAUGCGUGACACUCAUACCAUACUGUGUGUUUCAUGCGUAGCAAUCGGAGCAUGCUAUGUGUCUCAUGCGUAACACUUUGAGCACUUCUCAUUAAACUGGAAUUCUUUCACACUGAGAAAUAAUGUAUCUCAGGGAAUACCUUGGAGUAUAUGUCUGGCUUAAGCGUGUUUAAGAGAGUGUUAGCAAGGCAGCACAUCAUCAGAGAGUGUAGUACGAGGUGGACCUACUACUCCAAGGACCACCUCCAGCACCAGGACGGUGUAGGCAGUCCUCGCAGGCUGAAGCAGGAGGGGGUGGCGGCCAGGAUGGUGGUGAGACUGGGACGCUGCGGCCUGCGGUGUGGCAAAGCUGUGCUUCUCGUCUUCAACCUUGUCUUCUUUGUAACGGGUCUGGCGGUGGUGGUGGUCGGUGUGUGGUGCGUUGCUGGCGAAGGUCGCGACGUGAUGCUGGUCCUGGCGCCCACGCCAGCCCACACGCCCACGCUCACCCACCUGGCCUAUGGGCUAGUAGCGGUGGGCGGUGUGGUCCUCUUGACGUCAGCGCUGGGGGUGUGGGCCGCCCUCAGGGAAAAUCAGUGUGGACUCGGCCUGGUAACGUAUCGUAGUGCUUGUUGUCUCCGGACGAUGCCUAACGAUUAUGUCAGUUCUUCCUCCUGGAACGUUCUUGUUGAGGUGUGUGCGUGUGUGAGUGAAAGUUACAGUGUACAGUGA